ACUGACUUGAACCACAACCACCAACAUCUACUGACUUGAACCACAACCACCAACAUCUAACAUUCUUUCUUAUCUAGUCCAUUGCUAAUCCAUCCAUUCUUUACACUCGCUCUUUACAUAGAAUGCCUCGCCCGCCGACUUUAUACGAACGAGUAGAACCAGACCAUGAAAAUAACAAGCCUCCGCAUUCACAAUACAAUAUUAACUAUCGACAAGUAGCGGCCCAAACUUCUCUGGUCUCCCCUCUAUAUGGUGUUACUCAGUCUGUCACCACAAGCAGCAGCAGCUACGACUACUGGUGGCCUUAUCCUCCUGGCGGUGUGUCUACCACUACCAAUUCUCCCAGUCCCAGCCCCAUCAUUUCUUCGACUUUGGCCGAUCCUCUCCCUGUUGCGAUUCUUUCAUCACUGUCUUCCGAUGCAUUUUCAAGUUCAACGGACUCUUUCGCCGACUCUACAUCAUCCACAAGCGUUUCAAUCUCUACCUCUACUUUGACCACCUCAGCUUCGCAAUCCAUAAUCUCUAUCAACGCUGCAAUGUCUUCACAAAUCGCUGCUUCGACUUUCACUACGUAUCCGAAAAACUCCCAAAACCAGAACCAGAGUCAGAGUUCAAAUAACUCGAAAUCGGAAGUGUAUCUUGUUCCCGUCUUCGUCGUUCUCGGCAUUAUCCUGGGAAGUGUGGUAGCCUGGAUCGGCUGGGGAUGUAUCACUCGCAAACCUCGUAUACGUGACUUCGAUGAAGAUGUCGCUAUUGGUAGAAAAAAGACCGGACGAAGACCGAGGCGCAGCGAGCUGGAGGUUGGACCCGCGUAUUGGUCUAGUAUGUCAGAAAGAAACAAUCUUCUGGAAGAUUCUGGCGAUAGUCAUGAGAAGAAUGUUGUGGCUUCUCAGUCAGCGAUGUUCAGUUGGCGCUCGCUUGACGCUGAUGGUGUAAAGGAUGAAGAACCUCAACGUGACUAUCUCUCGCCACCAAAAUUGCCAUCAAAGAGAUCUCGCGCAAAGACUCUCGGUCGUAUUAAACAUCAACAAGGACUCUCUAGAGCGGUCACUAGUAAAACAGCGACAUCCGUGUCGGUUUACUCCCAAGUCGGAGACGAAGAUGAAACUUUCGAUGAGGACAUAACCGAUAGCAUGUCAUUUCUGGACGAGUUUGACCCUCGUACUCCUCAUACAGGCGACAAAUCCGCCGUUGCUACACCAAACAGUUCCAGCUCUACUCGCGUGAUCUCUCUUUCUCGUCGUCGGCCGAAUCAUACUCGGACCGACUCUGAUUCCCACUUGGAUAUUGCAGGAACGCCUGUUGGGGAACCUCGGGAUCUGAAGAAAAACAUCCUUAGCAGGACUGCUACUGCAAGAACCCAAAACAGCACCCGUACAGCACAAACUGGCUUUCGUAUGAUAGAAGGCUCGCCUUUACCUACGCCCGCAGUAUCUAUCUCCGACAAAAGUCAAACCGGCGGCAGCUUUUUCUGGGGUAAUAAUGAACCAGAAGAUCGUGUCACUUCCUCCAAGCCCAAGUCUCGAGGACGAUCUAAUUCCCAUGUCUUAACUCGCUCGUCUGAUUCUUAUACUGCCUUUCCCGUUCGAGGAUCUCGCGGUCGCAGUAACAGUCCAGCCAAGAAGCCUAUUGUUUCUCGUCAGGCCAUUAACCAACGACAAGUAUCAGCGAGAGAUAAGGUGAUUGAGGAGUAUUACGGGAGUAGCCUUCCGCAAAGUCCACCCCAGGUCACUUGUCCGAAAUUAGAGAGUUCGCUAUGUUUCACUCCAACAUUGACUUGAGGGCUUUGUUGAAACCUGUGGCUUUGCUAUUCGUCGCCUAAUGAGGAUCUUUCCGCACAUACUGCUUAUACCAUUCGUUUAUCUACAAAACAUACUGAGAGUGUACCACUACGACAAAUCUAGAAACCCUACAACGGUGGCGAGAUACACAGCGUACUAGGACACUCUUCUAGUCCAUCUGUUAACCCAAAUCUUCAAGAUUGGUCGACAUUCGCUCGUACAAGAAUGAAUCCUGUUGGCUUCGUAUAUACUCGUAGUUUCCUUCCAGGCCUGCUAUGAAUGAGAGUUCUUCCUAGAACGCACCCACCUCUUCCUUAACAUCGCUGGCAGCGUCAAAUAUCUUUCCUGGGCCAAUUUCACGUACAAAUUAGCCAGAUGAACUAGAGAAACAUUUCCUCCUGUACUUCCUGACCAGG